AUGAGGGCUGCUCGGGCGGCUCGGCGGUGCGGGCGGCUCGGCUGUAGGGCGGCUCUGCUGCUGGGCGGCUCGGCGGCACGGCUGCUGGGCGGCUCGGCGGCUCGGCUGCACGGCGGCUCGGCUGCUGGGCGGCUGGGCGGCUCGGCUGCAGGGCGGCUCGGCGGCUCGGCGGCUCAGCUGCUCGGCUGCUGGGCGGCUCGGCGGUGCGGCUGCAGGGCGGCGCGGCGGUCGGCUGCUCGACUGGGUGAGGCGGCUCGGGCGGCUCGGGUGGCGGGCGGCGCUGCAGCAGGCGACGGCGCCUGCGCCGUAGUGGUGGCCGCGGGGCCGCAGGUAAGGGCGGCGGGGCCGCAGGUGAGGGCGGCGGGGCCGCAGGUAAGGGCGGCGGGGCCGCAGGUAAGGGCGGCGGUGCCGCAGGUAGGUGGCGGGGCCGCAGGCGCGCCGCAGCCCGCGGUUCCGCGUCCGAAGCUCAACUUUAAUCAGCGACCGCCUCCUAACUAUGUCGCCGGUCUCGGUCGCGGCGCGACGGGCUUCACCACGCGGUCCGAUAUCGGUCCCGCGCGGGCCGCUCCGGACAUGCCGGACCGCAACGCGGCGCCGCUGGGUCGCGGGAGAGGCGCGGGAGGGGGAGCGGGGGGAGGGGAGGAGGAGGAGGAAGAAGAGGAGGAGGAUACGGGGAAGGAGAAAAAGGAGGUUAAGUACGACGAGCAUCAGAAAUUCGACGAAUUCGAAGGAAACGAUAUGGGGCUGUUUGCGACUGGGGAGUAUGACGAGGAUGAUAAAGACGCGGACGCGGUUUGGGACAGCGUCGACGAUCGCAUGGACGAUCGGCGGCGCGACCGGCGCGAGGCGCGGCUGAAGGAGGAGAUCGAGAAGUACCGCGCUUCGAACCCGAAAAUCACGGAGCAAUUCGCGGAUCUGAAGCGCGGUUUGGGCCAGAUGUCUACCACGGAUUGGGACAGCAUCCCGGAAAUCGGGGACUAUAGUUUACGAAACAAAAAGAAGCGGUUCGAGAGCUUCGUGCCUGUACCGGAUACGCUUUUAGAGAAGGCGCGGCAGGAGAAGGAACACGUGUCGGCGCUAGAUCCGAAGGGGAAAGGAGCCGUUUUGGGUGGCACUGAAACGCCAUUCGCAUCUCAGACGCCCGUUACAGAUCUGACGGCUGUGGGCGAGGGACGCGGUACAGUGCUGAGUCUCAAACUGGACCGCCUUUCUGACAGUGUAACGGGACAGACUGUAGUGGAUCCAAAGGGGUACUUAACGGAUCUUAAAUCCAUGCGAAUUACUUCCGAUGCAGAGAUCUCGGAUAUUAAAAAGGCGCGCCUCCUCUUAAAGUCGGUAAUCCAGACGAAUCCGAAGCACGCGCCCGGGUGGAUCGCAGCGGCGCGGCUGGAGGAACUUGCCGGGAAGCUUCAGGCCGCGAGGGGGUUUAUUCAGAGAGGCUGCCAGGAGUGUCCUAAAAACGAGGAUGUGUGGUUGGAGGCGUGCCGGCUUUCCUCUCCUGACGCGGCGCGAGCCGUGAUCGCGCGGGGGGUGAAGGAGAUCCCUACAUCUGUCAAGCUCUGGAUGCACGCUGCCCGGCUGGAGAAGGAUGACGUGGCAAAAUCCCGCGUUCUAAGGAAGGCUUUAGAGCACGUUCCGGAUUCGGUGCGUCUGUGGAAGGCCGUGGUGGAGCUAGCGAAGGAGGACGACGCGAGGAUUCUUUUGUCUCGGGCAGUUGAAUGCUGCCCGUUGCACGUGGAACUUUGGUUGGCCCUGGCGCGUCUAGAGGUCUACGAAAACGCCAAGAGGGUUCUCAAUAAGGCUAGGGAGGCCCUGCCAACGGAGCCGGCGAUUUGGAUUGCUGCUGCGAAGCUGGAAGAAGCGAAUGAUAAUGAAGGGAUGGUGGGGAAGAUUAUAGAGAGGGCAAUCCGGGGGUUGCAGAGAGAGGGGGUGGUGAUUGAUAGGGAAGCGUGGAUGAGGGAGGCUGAAGCAGCGGAGAGGGCAGGAUCGGUCGCCACGUGUCGCGCUAUCAUUCGCUCGACGGUCGGUAUGGGGGUAGAGGAGGAGGAUCGGAAACGAACCUGGGUGGCCGACGCGGAGGAGUGCAUCAAAAGAGGUUCGGUGGAGACGGCUCGGGCGAUUUUCGCGCAUGUGCUGACCGUUUUUCCGGGCAAGAAGUCGGUGUGGCGGCGGGCAGCCCAGCUGGAAAAAACGCACGGGACUCGCGAGUCAUUGGACGCGCUGCUUCGCCGGGCAGUCACGUACUGCCCGCAGGCCGAAGUUUUGUGGCUUAUGGGGGCAAAGGAAAAGUGGCUAGCAGGGGACGUGCCAGGUGCCCGUGCUAUUCUAGAGGAAGCCUAUGCUGCUAUUCCGGAUUCUGAAGAAAUCUGGCUUGCGGCUUUCAAGCUAGAAUUUGAGAACAGAGAGCCGGAGCGGGCUAGGAGGUUGCUUGCAAAGGCGAGGGAGAUGGGAGGGACGGAGAGAGUUUGGAUGAAAAGUGCAAUUCUAGAGAGAGAGGUGGGGGAUGUGGAAGAGGAGAAAUUUUUGUUAGAGUCGGGGUUGAGGCUGUUUCCCAGGUUUCACAAGCUCUGGCUUAUGCUCGGGCAGCUUGAGGCUCGGCAGGGCCGGACCGGGGCUGCCCGGGAAAUUUUCCAGCGCGGGCUGAAAAACUGCCCGGGAAGUAUUUUCCUCUGGCUGUGCGCUGCAAAGCUGGAGGAAGACUUAGAUCGGAAAGUAGACAAGGCCCGGAACUGGUUCGGCCGGGCCGUGACGCUAGCUCCAGAAGUGGGAGACUUCUGGGCGCAGCUGUGGAGGUUCGAGAAGGCACAUGGGAGCGAGGAGCAGAGAGGGGAGGUAGUGAGGAGGUGUGUUGCUGCUGAGCCGAGGUAUGGAGAGGCAUGGACGAAAGUAGCUAAGGCGGUGGAGAAUGCUCACCUGUCGACCGAGGCGCUGCUGAAAAAGGUUGUGUUGGCGAUGGAUAGGGAGGAGGCGGCUAAGACUGCUUCUGGUGCUGCUGCCUCUACUCCUGCCGCUGCUAACGGUGCUGCUGCUGCUGCUAAUGGUGCUCCUGCAAGUGCGAACGGGUCAGCUACUGCUGCGCCAAUGGCGACUGAUGGGUAG